AUGAGCCGCCAGAUCCUGCUGCUGUUGGCCAUGAUGACCCUGAGCUUGGCUACCUCCCAACGCCGUGAGAUGGUGCCCUGUAAGACGGUGGAUAAGGAAGUGUCAUGCCAGGGUUUUGGCCUGAGCCAGGUCCCAUCAUUGCUUCCGCUGGACAUUCAGGUCCUCAACCUGUCUGGAAAUCAGCUGCGAGGCGUCAUGGCUUCACCCUUGGGCUUCUACACAGCACUUCGCCGCCUGGACCUGAGCGCCAACGAGAUCAGCUUCCUGCAGCCAGGUGUCUUCCAGGCCCUGCCCCACCUGGAGCAUCUCAACCUGGCCCACAACCGCCUUGUGGUGGGCACAGCGUUGGGCCCUCUGCCUCACGUGACCUCCUUGGACCUGUCCGGAAACAGCCUAUACAGUGGCCUAGUGGAGCGGUUACUGGGGGAAGCGCCUGCCCUGCGCACCCUCUCCCUAGCUGAAAACAGCCUGACACGCCUGGCCCACCAUACCUUCUGGGGCAUGCCUGCGCUCGAGCAUCUGGACCUACAUAGCAACGUGCUGAUGGACAUUGAGGAGGGUGCGUUCGAGGCCCUGCCCCGCCUGACACACCUGAAUCUCUCUAGGAAUUCCCUCACCUGCAUCUCUGACUUCAGCCUCCAGCAGCUGCGGGUGCUUGACCUGAGCUGCAACAGCAUUGAGGCCUUCCAGACAUCCCCAGAUCCGCAGGGUGAGUACCAGCUCACUUGGCUGGACCUUCGGGAGAACAAACUGCUCCAUUUCCCCAACCUGGCUGUACUUCCCCGACUUACUUACCUGAAUGUGUCCAACAACAACCUCCACCAGCUCCCCACGGGACAGUCCCGAGGCCGUGAGGGUGUGCGUGCCCCUUCUGAGGGCUGGUCAGCUCUGCCCCUCUCCAGCCCCAGCUGGACCACCAGCACCUGCCCCCUUUCCCAGCUCCUGAACCUGGAUUUGAGCUACAAUGAGAUUGAGCACAUCCCCGAGGGCUUUCUUGAGCCCCUGAGCUCCUUGCGCUUCCUGAACCUCAGUCGAAACUGCUUGAGGGCCUUUGAGGCCCGGCAGGUGGGCUCUCUGCCCUGCCUGGUGCUCCUGGACUUAAGUCACAAUGCACUGGAGGCACUGGAGCUAGGCACCAGAACCCUGGGGGCUCUGCGGACACUGCUUCUGCAGGCCAAUGCCCUACGGAAUCUGCCCCCAUACACUUUUGCCAGCCUGGCCAGCCUGCAGAGACUAAACUUGCAGGGAAACCAGGUUAACCCCUGUGGGGGUCCAGGGGAGCCUGCCCCCUCAGGCUGUGUUGCCUUCUCUGGAAUACCCUCCCUACACAUCCUGAAUCUGGUGGAUAAUGAGAUAGAAAAGCUCUGGGCAGGUGCCUUCCUCCACACACCACUUACAGAGCUAGACCUCUCUGCCAACCCUGGACUGGAUGUGGCCCUGGGGGCCUUGGCAGGCCUGGAGGCCUCCUUAGAGGUCCUGGAACUUCAGGGCAAUGGACUGACCAUCCUGCAAGUGAAUCUGCCCUGCUUCAGCUGCCUCAAGCAGCUCAAUCUCGCUGAGAACCACCUCAGCCACCUGCCUGCCUGGACACAGGCUGUGUCUCUGGAGGUGCUGGACCUGAGGAACAAUAGCUUCAGCCUUCUGCCAGGCAGUGCCAUGGGUGGUUUGGAGACCAGCCUCCGGCGCCUCUACCUGCAAGGGAAUCCACUUAGCUGCUGUGGCAAUGGCUGGCUGGCAGCCCAGCUGCACCAGGGCCGGGUGGAUGUGGAUGCCACCCAGGACUUGAUCUGCCGCUUUGGCUCCCAGGAGGAGGUGUCCCUGAGCCACGUGCGUCCUGAGGACUGUGAGAAAGGGGAGCUCAAGAACGUCAACCUCAUCAUCAUCCUCACCUUCCUAGUGGUCUCUGUGAUCCUCCUCACUACGCUGGCCAUCUGUUGCUGCUUCCGCCGGCAGAAGUUUAGCCAACAGUACAAAGCCUAG